CAACAUCUGUGAUUCUCCUCCCCCUUUUCAUGACCCUCCCUCUGCAUACCAGGACCGGCUCUUUCUCCUGAUUUAGAUUGUACUCUGCAUGCGGGGACUGGAGUGCAGCUGAAGUAUGCUCCGGUCAGGCCAAUUCAAGCACUGAAACCCCUUUGUUCCACUUAGACACCCGACCGAGCGGCGGGACCCGGUCAUGGACCCUCUGACAGAGAGCUUCUUUAUGGAGGAUGAAGGACUUACCAUGAAGAAGACAGCAGGGCUCUUUCUGUGUGUCUGUCCUCCUUUAAAGGGCCUCUCCGUGAUCCCGAAGACGACGUGUACUCCAAGUUUUUCAUGAGUCACUGCUGCUACGAUGCCAUUCCAACAAGCUCCAAACUGGUCGUUUUCGACACAACGUUACAGGUAAAGAAAGCAUUCUUUGCACUGGUUGCAAAUGGCGUCAGAGCUGCUCCUUUAUGGGACAACAAGCUGCAGUGUUUUGUAGGGAUGCUCACCAUUACAGACUUUAUUAACAUUCUCCACCGUUACUACAAAUCUCCUAUGGUACAGAUCUAUGAGCUGGAGGAACACAAGAUUGAGACAUGGAGAGCUUUAUGUGUUUCCUCUCCAGAGGUCUAUCUACAAUAUUCUCUCAACACCCUGAUCAGCAUCACACCUGAAUCCAGCCUGUUUGAAGCCAUUUAUUCUUUACUGAAGAACAAGAUUCAUCGGCUACCUGUCAUAGAUCCGGAAUCGGGCAACGUCCUGCACAUACUGACCCAUAAACGCAUCCUCAAGUUCUUACACAUCUUUGGCUCCACGAUCCCAAAGCCACGGUUCUUACAGAAGCGAAUAGAGGAAGUAGAAAUCGGAACCUUCAAGAGUAUCGCAACUGUCAGAGAGACUGAAACGGUUUUUGAUGCAUUAUCAAUAUUUGUAGAGCGACGGGUCUCAGCCCUGCCCGUUGUCAACGAACAAGGGAAAGUAGUGGCGCUUUACUCCAGGUUUGAUGUCAUUAAUUUGGCUGCACAGAAAAACUACAACAAUCUGAAUAUGACGAUGCAGGAGGCCAUUCAGGGACGUUGGUGCUGUGUUGAGGGGGUGCUAAAAUGCUACCCUCAUGAAACUCUGGAAAUUAUCAUAGAUCGCAUUGCUGAAGCAGAGGUUCACCGUCUGGUUCUAGUGGACAAUGAGGAUAUGGUGAAGGGAAUCGUCUCGCUCUCUGAUUUGCUUCAGGCUUUGGUCUUGACUCCAGCAGGCGUGGAUGCACUUUUCUCUUGACACCAGUGGAGGGCUCUCCUUUCUAGCCCCAGACAGAUUUAUGACCUUACCUAUACCAGACAUUGUCACUUGACUGGGCCCUGAAGAUGUGAAUGGUUGAAGACUGAAAGUGUAAAUAAUUUUUAAUUGUUGCUAGCACCUUGAGAUUUGAUGUACAACUUAAAAUGUCUAAAUGUGUUCAGCAAUUGUACUUGUAUAUUUGUGUAAUUUGUUCAAAAACGGCAAUGUAAUAAUUUAAUUUGUGCAACGUGUGUGUCACAAAAAAAAACAUUUUGUUACAUAUUAUUUAACAAUGACAGCUUCCUAUGACCUAAAAUCUUUAAAAUAAAAUUUUGUUAUACAA